AUGGCAUCUUCUUUAUGGGAACUCCAGUCACGGGAUUGCAGAGCAGAUGAUUCCCGCAAAGUGCAAGUCACUAUUUUGGCUUCCGAAUGGGGAUCAAGCAAAGGGGGACUUUCCACCAUAAACAGAGAGUUAGCCAUUCAGUUGGCCAAAUUCCCUGAAGUGGAAAUCACUUUCUUUUUACCUCAAUGCAGUCAAGAGGAAAAGAAGGCAGCCAUGAAGCAUAACGUAAAGAUCGUUGAGGCAACACCACUGCCUGGCUUUGAUCAACUUAACUGGCUUUGCUUUCCACCUGAAGAUUUGCAAAUGGACAUUAUCAUAGGUCAUGGUGUUAAACUCGGUAGACAAGCACAAAUCAUUAAAAAAACUAAAAAGUGCAAAUGGGUUCAAGUGGUGCACACAGAUCCAGAGGAACUUGGAAUGUUCAAGAACUAUUCAGAUCCAAUUUCAAAAGGCGAGGAAAAGCACAAGACGGAAGUAAAACUGUGUGAAAUGGCGGAUCAUGUUGUUGGAGUUGGUCCCAAGUUGAGCGAGGCCUUUCGCUCCUAUCUUCGCAGCUGCCAAAAAGAUGACAAUGUUGUUGACUUCACUCCGGGAGUAUUCGUAGAGUUUGCAUCUGUGAAGCAGGCUUCUAGCGAAAGGCAGCAACUUAGUGUCUUGGUAUUUGGUCGUGGAGACGUGGAGGAUUUCAAAUUAAAAGGAUUUGACAUCGCUGGGAAAGCAGUUGCUGAGUUAGAAGAUACUCGUCUUGUCUUUGUUGGAGCUCCAGAUGGAAAACACCAAGAAAUAGCAAAACAGUUGACCAAAUGUGGUGUCCCUGCAAGUCGUUUGAGAGUAAGAGGAUUUGUUCAAGAUCGAGAGAGUUUAAGGCGUUUGUUUCAAGAAGUGGAUCUUGUUGUCAUGCCUUCAAGAACAGAAGGCUUUGGAUUGGCAGGACUGGAGGCCUUGUCAGCUGGUCUCCCUGUGCUCAUCAGCGGCAACUCCGGUUUUGGAAAAGCUUUAUACAGUGUACCUUUUGGAUCAACAUAUGUAGUGAACUCAGAGGAACCGGCAGAUUGGACCUCGGCUAUCAAAACAAUCUUUGUCAAGGACCGGAGAAGUCGGCUUGAGGAAGCAGAAACCUUGCGCGAAUCCUAUGGCAAGAAAUACAACUGGGCCAAACAGAUAAAAGAUCUCAUUGACAUGAUGAUCAGUUGGGUGUACGGUAUGAAUGCCAAUUUUCUUUUUAUGAAAAAAAAAUAUUCUUAACACAUUGCAAAAGGAAUAAUAGUAUGUGGACUCUAAUAAGAAUUGAAAAUAAACAGCUACCAAAAGUGUAUUGCUAAGUGUCUUUACUCUUAUUGAGACAGUUUGCUGCAAAAUAUUUUGGGCAUAACAACUGCCCAAGAUGCAAUAUGUUCACUUCUGUUCGACCCCAUUGUGUUGUAUGUGAAACGUACUAACCAGUCUACACUGCACUCUGCAAAAUAAAUCAACGAGCUAACUGAGAACUAUGGAUUAAGCAAAUAAUAUUAUUAAAAUCUUGCUAAUUCUCUUAUCAUAAAAAACUACUUGAUGUCAAUUUCAGAGGAUUAUUUUAAAUUAAUCACUGCAAUAGGAUCCCAAAAAUUAUCAAUAUCCUUGACCACUACACCCCUACAAAACAAUGGAAAAUGUGAUUAUAAGUACCUUUUUUUUUUUCAGCUUGGAAUGUUUUUCCAUCUUUACAAAAUUUACAAUGUGAUGCAGAGCAGGUUAGGAAGAAAACCAAUCUACCAUCUGAUCUGAGAGCGAUCGCUGCCAACAAAGGAUUCUUUGUUUCUGAUAACCAAGCAUCCGGGAACUGUUUAUUCCAUUCAUUAUCAGAACAAUUACAAAGUGUCAAAGGAAUUCAAAUCUCACACAAAGAGUUAAGAAAAACCUUGGUUCAGUUCCUUGAUGAGAACCCUAAUCUGGUAAGUUGAUGACUAGCCUAGCAUGGACCUUCUGUGUCUGUUUGGUGGAUUCCUCCCUUAUGAUAAGGAACUAAACAUAUGCUGUGCGCUCGAGAACUAGUGAGUCGGCUCCUGCUUUAUCUUUUACUUAUACUCUUAUGUCACAAAGCUUGUCCUAUUCUCAAUUACUUCAUAUCACUGCUAAUUACUGCCCUACAGCUGUUCCUUAAAUUGUAUCACGCCAAUAAUUGAUUCCUUAACUCAGUUCGACGUUUCUUUGCUAUACUAAAUUGGAUAAAAGCUGGGAUUGAACAUACAUACCUGCCAACUCUCCCGGUUUUUCCGGGAGUCUCCAAGUUUUUCAUCAAAUCUCCCGGUCUCCCGGUUAGAGCACCAAAUCUCCCGGAUAAAAUGGACUUUUAAGCACUUCUGUGCUAUAGUUUGAAAUUUAGUCCAAUUUUUCACAAAAUUCGAACUUUUUGUAUUCAUUGUACAGUUUCUGGGACAUUUUUGCACAUGUUUAGUCAAUGACAAAGAUUGGUUCGUCAUUACAACGAUGAAAGUGCAUUUAGAUUCCAUGUACUUCAUGUAAGACGUCAUAUAAUGUCAUAAGGCAAUUUGUUGGUGCGGGGGGGGUGGGGGUGUUGGUGCUGUUGACAUUCGGGGUUGAGGGGGGGGGGUUGUGGUGCAAAAUGGAGAAUCUCCAGAUUUUAGAUCUCUGAAGGUUGGCAGGUAUGGAACGUAACAAAAAAGAACUUUAGUAUUAUGGGAUUAAGACUAGGCUCUCUCGAUCUUCUUUGAAACCACCCACCUCUUUGUAUUUAGUCUGAAAUACUUAAUGAGCUUUGACUGCAAAACUUGGAGGGUAAUAACAACCAAAAACAACCAUUUUAGGGCACUUGUCUUGGUGACAUCGCACAAAUAGCGGUACGUCAUGACCGGUAGUCGCCUUCUGUCGCCAAGGUUAAAGGUGACUAAGGUGAAUUUUUUUUAAAUCCCUGUUAACAGUAUCAUUUCCGUCUGAAAACUACUUUCACAAUUUUGGAGAGAAUCAAAAUAAUAAAAAAAAUAUUCAUUAACAGGGCUGCCUCAAGGGGGGCCCAGUUUAUAAAAUACCUUCUAUUUUCUCCCCAGGGGGUAUUAUCUGGGAAGUCAUAGUGAGGGUGUGCUGUCCGGCUCUCCAAAUCUUGACACUAUUUCAGAGCAAUAGCUAUAAGGUUAAUGUAAGGGAGUACUCCCCAGGGAUUUCCUACGUCAAAAAAUGAGGACUAUCAAUUAUUGACUUAGUAACAGCAAAGCAUAUUAAGUGAAGGCAGCCACAUCCUCGGAGACGCAGGGGCAGCUAGUUGGAGUGAUAGAAUGUUUGUGGUGAAAGUUUACUGUAAGAUUGAUAUGAGCCCCUGGGCACUUACUCUUACCAAACCAAUUCCAGAAGCUAUUGAAUUGCCUGCUUCUGACUGGCCAGAAAAAAAAUUUCUGGCCAAUCAGCGAAGAGGAACAGCCGGGUGACUCUGGUGUUUUCUUACAUGAUGUAGGUUUCCUCCUCGAUUGCCAUUGUUGAGUAGCCCAUUUAACUGGGAAAGUUUCUUGAGAGAAGUUUCAGAAAAAGCGUUAACAAAGGGGGAAAAGUUUCACAAGCAUGAAGAACUGUAAUGUAAUCUAGACAAUGUGGGCAAAGGUGUGGAAAGUGAACGUCGUGCAUUGCGUAUCAGCAAUAAAAAUUUACGAUACCUUUGAUAGAUCCAUUGUGAAAACUAAUCGGAGAUUGUUUGUUGCUUUUAGCCAUACUAAAGCAUGCAAUUUUUCCUAGCCUGCAUAGCAAGCGUUUCCAAUCGAGUUAUUGCGCAAAAGUUAGAGCAGGAGCCCAACUUUCUCGACAAAUGCGCAUGGAAACGCUUGCUACACAGGCUAAAUUUUUCCGGCUUUAUUAACAUUUUUUUCCGAAACUGUCCUCAAUAAACUUUCCCUGUUGAACACUGUACACAAUUAUAUGGCGAUCAAUAAGUGUCAUGUGCAGCCUUUAAAUACACUUUCUAGCAUAGCUUUCUACCAUGUCUAUGUCGCUUACUCAGAAAAAAUUGAAAUUCACUUGUGUGAUUGUUUUUGUUUUUUAGCACGAAGGAACAUCUCUGUUUAACUUUGUCUCCGGAUACCCAUCUUGGCGUGAAUACUUACAAAGCAUGGCGGAAGACGGUACUUGGGGCGAUCAUGUGGUUUUGUUUGCUGCAGCGAAUCACUUUCAAACUACCAUCCGUAUUAUCAGCAGUCUCGACCAUGAGAUAGUUGUCCUGCCAGAUCAUGCACUUGCCAACACCACCCCCCUUGUGUUGGGACACAUUCAUGAGUUACACUAUGUCAGCCUUCAGCCCAGACAAGGUAAAACAUUCUUUCCAAUCACAAACAUCCUGGCUUUGUUUUUUGGACUUGUGGAAAUUAUGUAUGAAGAAUUUAUAUACACAUAGCUAUUUUGAGAAAGGUUGUCAGAAAAAAUGUGCAUGCGACAACCCCAAAAGGUAAUAUGGGAUAUGAUCAAUAUAUACAUGGUUCCGGACACUGUAUUUGACGAACCCUCUUUUGUUGAUUUCCUUUACCACUUGCAAUCAUAUUUCCUGUCAUUUUUUCAAAUUUCUUUGAAAAACAGUGAACUCAAAACCACCCACAAUACCUUUUGGGCUUCUUGCGUGUUUAUCAGUAGCAGAGGACAUAGCAAGAUGAUGUUAAUACUGUAAAUGUCUUUAUGAGAAUGAACUUUUUUUUUGUUCUGAACAAUAAGUUGUCCCUGCUUAAUCUGAAUACUAGUUGUACAAGAUGUCAUUCCAUCGGAUGUUGUAACCUUGUACUAAAGUGAGCAAGCUCAUAAACCUUCUCAUUUGUGUCCUUAUCCUUGAUUUCAUAAUUAAAAAGGUUUCUAUAAGAGAAAGAAUUAGAUAGUGUUAAGUUCAAGGUGUGUAAGGGAAGCAACAAACAGCAUAUCUCAUUAUACUUUUAAAUAAUUGUGACUGAAAUGAAGGAGUUAAAGGACAGAACUUGUCUAAAUCUUUUUUUAGGACUGCAAAGAUUACUCAUCACUGUUUAAACUGUCAGUUUUCCUUGUUACGAUCCUUUCAUUUGUUAUCCCUGCUUUUUUUCCAAGUCAUUAUAUAUGUCCGUGAUUAUUGUAGGAGUUUUAGUUGUGUUUGUUUACAUGCUUCAGUUUAAAUCAGAAAGCGCUACGUCAUCACUAGUCUUAUCUUGGACAUGCCAUGUGAGACACUCCUUAAAGUGUUCAUUGCCAUAAUUCCUGAGCAGAGAGGUACCCAGAAUUUACCUCUACUGUAAUUAAAAAUUGCAGAGAUAUAAGAGAACUCUUGCACUAACCUGAUUCCUUUUCGGUCUGAGGUCACUCGCUCAAACUCCAUCAGCUUGUUCGUUAAAAUGUUAUGUUCUCGACUAUUGUACAAUGAAUUAAAUCAUUAGUGUUGUUAUUUCUGAAUAAUUUCUAUAACUGAUCAUUGUGAAGAAUGACAGUUUUUUAUUGUAUAAAUAAAUAGAGUGGUGAAAAAUGUGCAAUUUUGACCCUUGAAAUCUAGCGUGUGCUGCAGAGGAAACUAAACUCUAGUAAAGUCGGUCUGCGAAACAGUGCUGAAAUCCUUGUUAUAUUGGUGCUGCUACACAGCGACGCAAGUAGGAAGUCAAGUUAGAAUUUUAAUAUAUCGAACGUGGGCUGUUCGCAAAUCUGAGCUAUCUGUGAAAUGUCCAUCUGUUACAUAACAUCCAAUAUAAAAUUUGAAGUUCCUUUAGGGAAAAUCACACAUGUAAUUUAAUGUAUGCCUCAUUGGUUUAGGCUUGAAAUAUGAGCUGCAAGUUUAUCAUUUUAAUUCUUAUGUUUUGAUUACAGUAAACACCCACAUAUAAGAACACACGAUUUCGGAGGUUAGGCUGAUUGAGUUCUUAUUUAUCGGGUGCUUAAUGACAAAUCAGCCUUAAAAUGUUGUUAAAAUGUUCUUAAAUUUUUAUUUAGUAAUACUAUCCAAAACAUGGUGCUAGAGGUAUAUUUAGCAUAUUUUAGUGAAACAAAAUAAAUAAUAAUAUUCUGUAAUUUGGUUAUAUUAACAAAUGAAGUUAUCUGACAGAAAACAUAAACUUACAUGUUUUGUAAUUAUGACACUUGUUCUUAUAAAAAUGGGGCUUUACUGGCCAAAUUUCAGCCUGCUGUUCUUAAUACAUUUGUUCUUAUAUGCGGGUGUUUACUGUACUUUGACCCAAAAAAUAAAAGGUCACACAUUUGGCUGAACCCAUCCCUCCUUGCAAAGUUGGGAAGAACUGACUGUUUUUUAAGCAAGUGAGUGAUUAGUCUUUUACAAAAAAACUUUUGCAUGUGGACCAACCCUAAGAGAACGUUUUGUUAGGGGCUAUUUACGUGGAUCGAGGCAAAAAGAUUUUAGAACUACGCAGAUCUUAGAAGGGGGAACAACUUGUCAUUUGUUGAAUACGUGCAAGGUUGUGGUCAGGUUAACUUUUAACUGCCUUUCAACAGAGGCUCUUUUGGCUAAAUCUGGCAGUUUGUUUUUACUCAUUUUUACUGUGAGGCUGGAAAACAUGAAGCCCAUCUUCCUCCAAUGUCUAGUUAUCUUUCACUACAUUCAGAAGAAUUGGUGCUGUUGUAUUAGUACAUGCUGCUUUCCUCUGUACGUGUAUCUCUAAAGUGGACCACUUAUAUUUCUUAACAAAACCUGUCCCAAUAUUAUACCCUCAAUCAGAAACUACCAAAAUAAUCCUUCAAUGAUGACAGACAAAACUGUCCUGCACUUUCAGUUAGCACAGAAAUAUUCAAACAUUCAAAUACUCAUGCCACAAAUUGCAUCUCUGAUGAUUCAAAAAGGCACAGGUUUUGCCAACUUGUACAAUGAAGGCCACGUUUUAGCUGGAACUUUGGGAUUUUAACAUUUAAAAUUUUAUGUACUGUUGAAAGGAGUGUAUUACAUGACUGUGAGUUUUUUUGAAUGGCUUCAAAACCUCUGAUAUAUGUCAAUUCGUUCUUGCACUAAUGUUUGGAUUUGGGAUUAUUUUGGUCUUAAAAAUUGGAAGUAAAGUUUAGCUGUGUCUUUAUCAGAUAUAAAGACACUCAUUAAACGUCAAUUUCUGUUGUUUUUUAUUUAUGAAUUAGUAAUUCGUUUUUGAAAUGAAUUUAUCAGUCAGUCAGUAGCACGGACACAGCAAAGGAAGAAAUUCAAUUAUUACUAACAGUACAAUCUUAUUGGGUAUUGCUGUGAUAUAUAGUACUGUUUUAAUAAAAAGCAAUAUAAUAUUCCUGGUGCUAUAAAGAUAUUGUGCUUAUUUCCAGUGCUAAAUUUUACAAUGUUUAGUAUGAAGAGAGCCAAUCUUACACCAAGAAGCCAUGUUUAAGUCUCAUUUAAUCCUAGUGGCAAAAGGGUGCAAGAUACAGGUUCUGACACUUUCUUCUGUGUCUUUGCAACCUGCCAUUAGUACCUCGUAUUGUUAAUAUUAUACCGUGUAUUAUUUUACUGAUUUCCAUUUUUAUUAUCAUUAAUUUUGAUUAUUUCUUUUUAAUUCACUGAUUAGGAUCUAAGAUAAUAAGAACCUCAGAACAUUCAGCAAGCAGAUCAGAGGACAGUGAUGGCAUAACACCCCAGCUUACCACUGAUUUUCCAGAGGAUUCAACUAGAAGGUCAGACGGAGGUGAUGGUUCUGCACCACAGCUUACCAGCCAUCUCCUCCUCGUAAACAAGACUGCAAGCAACACAAUGAAGCCAAUUAGAGGCCCUCCUGAGCUUAAUAAAGUUCUUCAAUCCAUGGCUGACAUUAAAACAAUAACCAAACCUUCAAAAGAUGCUGAUCACCCUGUUGAUGUUAUUCAGGUCAUGCAAGCAGCAAAGAGGAAGAGAGGUGUGGCUGAAGACUCCGAUGACGAAGGUAAUUUUUGUUGUUAGAACAUAGGUUCAGUUAUAGUUAAGAGUGGAAAUGUGAUCUCUGGGCUAAAAAAAAAAAGGCCAACUUUAAGGGUACCUUCUUUUUCUGGGGUUGUGGGGGGGGGGGAUUGUGUUACAACUAGGAAGACCCUGGGGGGGGGGACAACUUUUGUUUGGUUAAUACCGUACAUGCGAGGCUGGGGCGGUGGUUUACUUGUAACUGCCUUUUAGCAUGGGCUCUUUUUAGCUGAACCACUAGCACAACACAUUCUUAUUAUAAUAUUAUUAUUAUUAACUCAUCUUUAAUUAUUCUUUUCUUCCACUGAUCAGAAUCCAAGAUAUUCAGAACUUCGGAGGAUACAACUCGCAGAUCAGAGGGCAGUGAUGGUAACACUCCCUGGCUUACCGCUGUUCUCACGUCUAGGUUAAAGAAUACUGCAAGCAACACAAAGAACCAAAAAACCACAUCGAAAAAAAAGAGAAAAGAGAAAAGAAAGAGAGAAAGAAAGGAAAGGACUCCAAAAGAAUGCAUUAGGGACCCUCCUGAGCUUAGCAGAACCAGACCUUCAAAACAUGCUGAUCUUCCUGUUGAUCUUUUGUUACUGAAAGUGAAGAAUGGUGAGUUAUUAGCUUGUUACAGUGAGCUAAAAAAAACCCCUAUAUAUUACGUAAUUUGA